AAGAUCAAAACCAGUUCAAAACAAAACAAAUCAAAAUAAACAAUUAUUGCAUUAAAAAUUGUUUUAAGAAGAAAUUUGUUAUUAAAUUAUAAAUAAAAGUAAUCAACUAUGGACUACGAAGUAACAGAAGUAAUAGAUGAGUCACUACAAUCGGAAAGAAAAGAGUCUGGAAAGCGUGGAAGAAAACCGGGAAGAAAAUCAGGCCCUGAAAAAGUUGACAUGAAAGCUAAAUUAGAAAGAUCAAGACAAUCCGCACGUGAAUGUCGUGCCAGAAAGAAGUUACGCUAUCAAUACUUAGAAGAGUUGGUCGCCGAUAGAGAAAAGGCUGUUUUGGAGCUAAGAACAGAGUUAGAGAAAUAUCAGAUAUGGGCACAAGAAAUCGAUUCUGGGAAAUUUCCUGAAGAGGCUGCUGAUAUAUUGAAAGAAUUUGGUAUUGUGAAGCCAGAAUAGAGACUUCAACAAUUAAAAUUCUUUUAUUUGACACUACUUUUGCGCUUUAUUUUUUGGAAAAUCUCUUGAGUGUAAAUUUUAUUGAACCAGUUUAAUUGUACUUCGAAUUUUGUCCUCCAAGUCAAACUACUUUUUCUUUGUAAAUUUAUUUCCAUUACAGUACAAAGAAGGAAACUUCAUGUCUAUCAAGGAACCGUUCACAAUGUAAUAAAUAUAAAUUCCCUUAUUUUUUUAGAGACUGUUAAGUAUUAAGAUAUGUUUUUGCGUUGAUCAUCGCAUGUUUGAGAUUUCUUGUACAGUUUAACUAAUUUUCGUCAUAAUUCAAUUUAAUGUUUGAAUCAAACUUAAUUCUAUUACAUCCAUAACAAGCUUACCUUAUGAUUGUGAACGAUCCAGAAAAUGUAAAAAUUUAAAUAAAAGUUUGAAUCUAUUUUUUUUAUUUGACAACAAUC